AUGCUGAGGGAGAGACUGCUCCUGCUCUUGUUCUGCUCCGUUGCCCUGCUGAGACCCGGUGCUGGUUUCGGGAGCCGCAGGCUGUGUGGCGUCCAGCUGGUGGAGGCUCUGCUGCUCGUCUGUGGGGAUAAAGGCCUGUUCUACCAGUCAGGGAGACGAGGACGAGACGAGGACAUCCUGAGUGAUUGUGCGCAUGCUCGUACAGGUGUGAUGAUGACGGACGCCGCCGUUUCCCACCAGGUGAUGCGGAAGGAGGAGUCUGCUGUUUCCGGUGUGAUAAAGAGAGGGAUUGUGGAGCAGUGCUGUCAUUUCUCCUGCGAUUACUACGAUCUGGAAAACUACUGCAACAUAUAAACACACUGUGGACGAGGUUCACUCAGAGGGUAAAGCUCCCACAGGA